AUGCUAUUGACUGUGAGAAGUACAGUGGAAGGUUUAAUUCAACAGUUGAUUAAUAUAUUUGAUGAUUAUGGUUGUGGUAGAGUAUGGGAUGUCGUAUCUAGAACUGGGAACCCGGCAGCAUCCCCUUUGGUGAAAGAGUACCUUAAACUGAUAAGGGAAGAGCAAGCUAAGGUUCAUGUAUUGCCUAAGCAGGCUAAACCAAUUUUCUUAUCUAAAGUCAGAGCAAUUGCUUUGUUUAUAGGUAGGGAAUUAGGCAGAUCCGAUUUGUCACUUAGAGAGAGGUUCGUUUUGGCUAGGGAUCAGGCAUGGAUUAAGGUUCAAUUUUUUGCAGGUGAUAGGGCAAGCGAUUUAUCUUUAGUGGUUUCUCAGGAAGUGAAGAUUUUAGAGGAUGGUUCAGGUUUGGUAUUCCAGCAUACUUUCGGUAAAACUUUAAGGGGUGAGAAGGGUAAGAACAAUUAUUUUGUAAUUAAAAGAUGUGAAGACCAAGUGCUUUGCCCAGUCAAAGGUCUGUUGGAUUAUUUCUUAUUUGCCAAAAAAUUGAAGGUUGAUUUGUCCAAGGGAUAUUUGUUCAGGAUAGUGUCAGAAAACGGAAUGGUUUUGGAUAAAAACAUUAGUUAUUCUGUGGUUUAUGACAGGCUGUUAUACUAUCUCUCUACGUUAGGCAUUUACGAGGGUGAGACGCCACACAGCUUCAGAUCUGGUUGUGCAAUUACAAUGGCUUUAUCUGGCUCAGCUGACAAUGCAGAUCAAGUGAUGAGACAUAUAGGUUGGUUUGGCAAAUCAAGUGCGGAGUAUAUAGUAGAAUGCAUACUAUGAUUGAUUCAGGUAUUGUUGCAUCAAAAUUGGCGGAGUCUGUUUCUCAAGGAGAUAUUAUUGAAUCAGAUUAUAAGGGAAAGGCGGACUAUACUUAUUUAGGGAAAGCAUUUAUUUAGCUUGGAAUUUGUGAUUUCCUGUAGAAGUCAUAUUUAUAUAGGUGCAGAAUACCAUUGUUAAUAUAUUCAUUAAAAUAAAUGGCAAUAU